ACCCCCUACCACACACACACACACACACCCGAGCUACCCCGUUCUAAAGUUCGCCUUUCUUUGCGGACUCCCACGCCAUGUGUGCUGCUCGGCUAGCGGCUGCGGCUGCCGCCCAGUCCGUGUACGCCUUCUCCGUGCGCCCGCUGGCCGGCGGGGAGCCUGUGAGCCUGGGCUCCCUGCGGGGCAAGGUGUUGCUCAUCGAGAAUGUGGCGUCCCUCUGAGGCACCACUGUCCGGGACUACACCCAGAUGAACGAGCUACAGCAGCGCCUCGGGCCCCGGGGUCUGGUCGUGCUUGGAUUCCCGUGCAACCAGUUUGGGCAUCAGGAGAACGCUAAGAACGAAGAGAUUCUGGAUUCCCUCAAGUACGUCCGACCUGGCUGUGGGUUCGAGCCCAACUUCACACUGUUCGAGAAGUGCGAGGUGAAUGGUGCAGGUGCGCAUCCGCUCUUCACCUUCCUGCGGGAGGCCCUGCCAACGCCUAGCGACGACGCCACUGCACUCAUGACCGACCCCAAGCUCAUCACCUGGUCUCCGGUGUGCCGCAACGAUGUUGCCUGGAACUUUGAGAAGUUCCUGGUGGGCCCUGACGGUGUGCCUGUGCGCAGGUACAGCCGCCGCUUUCCGACCAUCGACAUCGAACCUGACAUCGAAGCCCUGUUGUCCCAGAAACCCAGCUGUGUCUAGGGUGCCCCUUCUACCCUGACUUCCGCCAGUGGCAGCGCUGCUCUCUAUGGGGAUUUCAUCCAUGAUGGUGUUUCCUCUAAAUUUGCAUGGAGAGACACCUGACUUCCCGGAAAAUCCCCCUUGAGAUGGGCGCUGGACCUGCAUCCAGCCUCACCUCUGCCAGACUAAGGCGAAUUUCCCCACUAAUAAAGUGUCAAGUGUAAGCAGAA